AUGAACCCCCCCAACUUCAACUGCUGCAGCUCUUGCACCAGCUGCAACUCCAACUGCCAGUGCAACAGCGGUGCCUGCGCUUGCACUGCUUGCGCCUGCAAGAACGCAGCGAUCCCCGUCAACUUCAACUGCGGCAACGCCUGCACCGGUUGCACCUCUAGCUGCCAAUGCAGCAGCGGCGCUUGUGCUUGCACUGCCGGAGCCUGCAAGUGCUAA